GCACUUGCAGCCCGGCGGGCACCAGGAGGCGGAGGCGGGACGGUCAGGGGUCCAGCGCGCAGGACAGCGGCCCUGGGGCCAAAGUUUGCGGGCAGCCCCGGCAGGCCAAGCGGGUCCCACGUGCCGCUUGCUGCCCCCUCUCGCAUCCUCACCCCGGCAUCGCUGCGCCGGGAGACAGAGCUGCGGCCCGGCUAGCUCCUAGGCGGGGACGCCGCGACGGGAACUUAAGGCCCAAGAGGGAUGUGAAGCCCCAAAAUGACCCUGUUACCGGGAGACAACUCGCACUAUGACUACAGCGCUCUAAGCUGCGCCUCAGACACCUCCUUCCACCCGGCCUUCUUCCCACAGCGCCAGGCCAUCAAGGGCGUCUUCUACCGCAGGGCCCAACGAUUGCGGCCGCAGGACGACCUGCACCAGAGCUGCUCCCUUGGGGACCGCAGGCGACAGAUCAUCAUCAACGUGGGUGGCAUCAAGUACUCACUACCUUGGACCACCCUGGAUGAGUUCCCACUGACGCGGCUGGGCCAGCUCAAGGCCUGCACCAACUUCGACGACAUCCUGAGCGUGUGUGAUGACUAUGACGUAACCUGCAACGAGUUCUUCUUCGACCGCAACCCCGGAGCUUUUGGCACCAUCCUCACCUUCCUGCGGGCCGGCAAGCUGAGGCUGCUUCGGGAGAUGUGCGCCCUGUCCUUCCAGGAGGAGCUGCUGUACUGGGGCAUCGCGGAGGACCACCUGGACGGCUGCUGCAAGCGCCGGUACCUGCAGAAAAUCGAGGAGUUUGCUGAGAUGAUGGAGCGCGAGGAGGAGGAGGAGCCGCUGGACAGCGAGGAUCAAGAGAGUGAGGGUCCGUCCGCCAGCGAGGGCCGCCUGAGCCGCUGCAUGAGGAGGCUGCGUGACAUGGUGGAGCGGCCACACUCAGGGCUGCCUGGCAAGGUGUUUGCCUGCCUGUCCGUUCUGUUUGUCACCGUCACCGCCGUCAACCUGUCUGUCAGCACCCUGCCCAGCCUGCGUGAGGAGGAGGAACAGGGCCAGUGUUCCCAGAUGUGCCACAACGUCUUCAUCGUCGAGUCGGUGUGCGUGGGCUGGUUCUCCCUAGAGUUCCUGCUGCGCUUCAUCCAGGCACCCAGCAAGUUCGCCUUCCUGCGGAGUCCGCUGACCCUCAUCGACCUGGUGGCCAUCCUGCCUUACUAUGUCACACUGCUGGUGGAUGGCGCUGCCUCCAGCCGCCGCAAGCCGAGCACCGGCAACAGCUACCUGGACAAGGUUGGGCUAGUGCUGCGCGUGCUGCGGGCGCUGCGCAUCCUCUACGUGAUGCGUCUGGCCCGGCAUUCACUGGGGCUGCAGACACUGGGCCUCACGGCACGGCGCUGCACGCGUGAAUUCGGGCUUCUGCUGCUUUUCCUGUGUGUGGCCAUCGCCCUCUUUGCCCCACUGCUCUAUGUCAUCGAGAAUGAGAUGGCAGACAGCCCCGAAUUCACCAGCAUCCCCGCCUGCUACUGGUGGGCUGUCAUCACCAUGACAACCGUAGGCUACGGAGACAUGGUACCCCGGAGCACACCGGGUCAGGUGGUGGCUCUGAGCAGCAUCCUCAGUGGCAUCCUCCUCAUGGCCUUCCCUGUCACCUCCAUCUUCCAUACUUUCUCCCGCUCUUACCUGGAGCUCAAGCAGGAACAAGAACGGGUGCUGAUCCGCCGGGCUCAGUACCUCAUCAAAACCAAGUCACAGCUCAGUGGCAUGUCCCAGGACAGUGACAUCUUGUUUGGAAGUGCCUCUUCAGACACUAGGGACAACAACUGAGGCGAGAAGACAACCCUGCCCUGCCUGCCAGCUGCGGCUUCAUGCAACCACCGCCAUUGGAGCCUGGAAAAGGACUUAGUACUUUCAAGUCCAGCCCUGGCCCGGGACUGACCUGAGCGAGCCACAGCACGGAAAGGAUAUGUGCCACAUCACAGAGUCCCUGUCCUCCCUCUAAGCCCAGAAGUAACAGGGAAGCUAGCUGGAGCCAGUGCCUCACCCACCCCGGGCCUCAAAGCCGAUUUUCUCCCUAAGAAGCCGAUUGGCCCAGUCCUACCAUGUAAACAACAUUCCCAGCAAAACCUGCAUAUGCUGGGGCACUGCCUGGAGGAAAACAGACAGCAGGUAGCCACACGUGACUUUAGUGUGUCCACCUAAGGAAGAAAGAGCCUGCCUUUGGGACUUUCAAGGAAGGAACUGUCUCUGUCUCUUAGUGAAAGGACCACGUUGCCAGGGUCUCUGGGCUGGUGGGACACUGGCAGAAUGGGAGAGAAGCAGACAGACAGACCUUUAGGGGGCCCACCAGGGAUGCUGUUAAGGCUCCUCCCUCCUGAGUUCCUCCUUCAUCCUUCUUCCUGUUCACACUCCUCCUCGGUCUGGAGGGCUCUCUAGUCAGACUCCAUUCAUCCCAGUUCGGGUGGGUAGGGCAACAACAAGCGGGUCAUCUCCGCUGACUUCAAAGGUGAAAUCGCUUCAUUCUGUGGUUUAAAAUUAGUGAGAUUUUAGCCUACUCCAAUUUAUCUUACUAUUACCAAAAAAAAGGAGGGGACUUUAUACCCCUUACCUGAGCCUCAGUCUAAACCCACAAUGGACGGGUGCUUCUGGCAGGGGUGGUGGUCCCCAGGAAGUCUGGGGGGUGUGAGGGAACCUUCUUAAAAGAAGCCAUUCAUUCCCUGGCCUUAAGAAACAUAGUUUGUGCACCAGGAGGGACCCCAGGCCAACCUAGAAGAUUCCAUCUCAGCCUGAGUCCUGGGCACCAGGCACUAAGGAGACAUUGCAUACACACAUAUUCAUGCACAGAUGUGUGGCAUACACACAUGCACACACUCAUGCACAGACAUGUGCAAUACACACAUGUACACACUCAUGCACAGACAUGUGCAGUACACACAUACACACGCACUCAUGCACAGAUAUGCACAUGCACACACACACAUGCGUAUAUACACACAUACAUGCCUGUGCGCAGCCCCACCGGUGCAACAGCUUUACCCACUGCUUCCUCCCACACCCCAGCUGCCUUCUCUUUCCAGCAGCAGGAAUUGGGCUUUGAGACAUGUCUAAGCCUGAUUGCCGCCUGCGCAGCCCAAACCCCUGCCCGCUGCCAGUCUUCAGCAUCUCUCGUACUUCCACACCUGUUCAGACCUCCCACCAGCCCCUUCAGACACACCCAGCCUACCCCGCCUCAUUGUGGGCCUUCACACCUGCAGAGCUGUCUGUCUGCUGGGCCGCCCUCCCUGCAGAACACUGCCUGGCUGGAGGGUUAGAGUGUUCUUUUCACUGCCUCGCUGUCCUGAGCACCCAGACCUGCAGCUUCACGGGGUUUCUCCAUUCCCUGCUGAGCCGUCACCCAGUGAAAGUGCUCUUGCCAUUCAUUUCUCAGCUCCGAGCUCUGCUCUGUCUCCUGCAGGACCAGCCCUGUAUUCUGGCAGGAACUCCAAAGCCCCUCCAACCUCCCUGCUGCCUCCCAGCACCUAGGUCAGCAUCAGCACCCAACAGGGGCUCAGGAAACACUUAGUUAAAAGUGAAAAAAGGGGAAAUAACAAAAAGGAACAAAGAUGGAAGACAUGUCCAUUACAGCUUAGAUCCAAAUGUCCUCACCUGUCUAGAGCCAUACCACCCCAAAUGUGCCUGAUCUCAUCUGAAAUGUCACCCAGAAAGAAGCUCACCUGUCAAGGACUUGGUUCCCAUGCAGCAGUGUUCAGAGGUGGGACCUCUGGUAAUGGGACCACAAGGGCCCUGACCCCAUCAAUGGAUCAAUCCAUGAUAAACUCGCAGCUUCAAUGGCCUCUGGAAACAGGAACAUAAAGGGAGUGGGACUGUGUUAGAGGAAGUCUAUUAUCAGGGACAUGCCCUGGAAGGGUGUGUUGCCCCAAAUAACUUCCUCUUGCUUCCUCUCUGCUUCCUGGCUGAAGGGGAGGGGGGGAGCAGUUGAGUUCCAGCAUGCUGGCCCACCUGGGAGGCUGCACUUUGAAGCGGACCAGAAGCGAUAGAGCCAGGUGACCAUGGUGAAACCAGAAACCAAAAUAAACCUUCCCUCCUUCAA